AUGAGAGCAGUGCACGCAAUAAUAAGGAAACCAUUUGAUCUUUUAAAUUCUACUAGUGGGUUAGCAAAAUGACAUAUCUAGACAGAUUUUUGCUCCGUCGAAAAUUCAAGAAUAAGACCCAAAAACACGGAAACCAAAACCCGGAACGCAGAUGCAGCUAGGCCCAAAAGACCUAAACAGAGGUCUAAAUCCAAUUCAAUUUUUGAAGAAAUGAACAACUCUACCUCCUGGACCCGAAAGAUCGAAAAUUCAAUUUUUUUUCGAAGGAAUGAACAACUCUACCUCCUGGACCCCUUGUUGAUUUUCGAUCUCCUCAGAUCUGCUCUGGAAUCCACACCAUAUGCCUCCGGUUCUUUUCAUUUUAGUUUUCCACUUUGUCUCUUUCUAUUCUUUUUGUUGUCAUUUACUGUUUGUUUAUUGAGAAAUUCUUUCCUUGAAAGCGAUUUGCUGGGUUGAUUCCGGAUCUGGAUUUGCAUGUAUAAAAUAUUAUAGAAUGAAUUGGAUGAACAACUUAGAGAUUGAUAUCAAGUCGAAUACUAACUGUAUCUGAAUAGUCAAUAUGGGAGGAGGGUUCAGAGUACUGCAUCUGGUUAGACCAUUUCUUUCAUUUCUGCCUGAAGUUCAGAGUGCUGACAGGAAAAUUCCUUUUAGAGAGAAGGUCAUCUGCACUGUCGUCUCCCUCUUCAUCUUUUUGGUGUGCAGUCAGCUUCCACUAUAUGGAAUACACUCUACGACAGGUGCUGAUCCUUUCUAUUGGAUGCGUGUUAUCCUUGCAUCAAACCGUGGAACUGUUAUGGAACUUGGUAUUACCCCCAUUGUGACAUCUGGAUUGGUGAUGCAACUCCUGGCUGGUUCAAAAAUCAUCGAGGUGGACAACAGUGUUCGUGAGGAUCGAGCACUCCUAAAUGGGGCUCAAAAGUUGUUGGGCAUCCUGAUUGCUGUCGGUGAGGCAGUGGCAUACGUUCUGUCAGGUAUGUAUGGCAGUGUCAGUCAGCUUGGUGUUGGGAAUGCUAUCCUUAUUAUUAUUCAACUUUGCUUUGCUGGAAUCAUUGUGAUCUGCCUGGAUGAACUUCUCCAGAAGGGAUAUGGUUUGGGCUCUGGGAUCUCCCUUUUCAUAGCCACUAAUAUCUGUGAAAACAUAAUUUGGAAAGCCUUUAGCCCUACAACUAUCAACAGUGGUCGAGGGGCUGAGUUUGAAGGUGCUGUCAUUGCUAUGUUCCAUCUAUUGAUAACUAGGACAGACAAAGUUCGAGCACUUCGCGAAGCUUUCUAUCGGCAGAAUCUUCCUAAUGUUACAAAUUUGCUCGCAACAGUAUUGAUCUUCCUUAUUGUCAUCCACUUCCAAGGUUUCCGUGUUGUUUUGCCUGUAAGAUCAAAGAAUGCUCGUGGACAGCAAGGGUCUUAUCCGAUUAAGCUAUUCUACACCUCCAACAUGCCUAUCAUCCUGCAGUCUGCACUUGUUUCAAAUCUUUAUUUCAUCUCCCAGUUGCUGUACAGGAAGUACAGUGGUAACUUCUUUGUGAAUCUGUUGGGUAAAUGGAAGGAAUCUGAAUAUUCAGGCGGUCAAUUCAUUCCUGUGGGAGGUUUAGCAUACUAUGUUACUGCACCUGCAAGCUUAGCGGACAUGGCAGCAAAUUCCUUCCAUGCUCUAUUUUAUCUUGUGUUCAUGCUUUCAGCAUGUGCCUUGUUUUCAAAAACUUGGAUUGAAGUUUCUGGUUCUUCUGCCAAAGAUGUGGUUAAGCAGCUCAAGGAACAACAAAUGGUGAUGCCUGGACAUAGAGAUUCAAAUCUACAGAAGGAACUGAAUCGCUACAUUCCAACUGCAGCUGCGUUUGGAGGAAUGUGCAUUGGUGCAUUAACUGUCCUAGCCGACUUCAUGGGAGCAAUUGGUUCGGGUACUGGAAUAUUGCUUGCCGUAACAAUCAUAUAUCAAUACUUUGAAACUUUUGAGAAAGAGAGAGCCAGUGAACUGGGUUUCUUUGGACUCUGAAGCUUCUAGUCAUGAAAUUUUUGAUGAUCGAGUUUGACUUGGGAAGAUGUUAAGUAGAUAGCAGCUUCGUUUAACGCUCCUAGCCCUUCUAAAGUCUACAAAGAUAUUUAAUUGCAGAACCAAGUUUUGUUACUCUUUUAAUUUAAAUUCCCUUUUCUCCUUAAAUUCACUACAUUCUCAUUACUUUGAUGUUACACUAUGAAAUGACCAAACAUGCAUUACAAUUCAUCUUUGAAAAAUGGCAUACAUCUCAGCUUCAUUAAAA